CAAAAAUAAACUCAUGUCUCUCUUCGGAAAUACGACAUCUGGUGGUGGUGGAUUUAAUUUUGGCGCUACGGCACAACCCCAGCAACAACAAGCGAGCGGUGGAUUUGGCUUUGGCGGGGGCUCAAACACCCAAGCUAGCAAUACCGCAGCGAAACCAUCACUCUUUGGUGGUGCAGCUGCUCCGACGGCCACACAACAACCAGCUACAACGGGUUUUGGUGGCUUUGGACAGCAGACUCAGCAGCCUCAACAGAAUCAACAGCAAACUCAACCACAGACUGGUCUAUUCGGUAGCCAACAGCAGAGCAGUACUACAGGAGGAACAUUCGGUGGCUUUGGACAACAACAACAACAGCAGCAGCAGCCACAGCCGCAACAGACUAAUCCCCUCGGCGCUUCUACAAACACUCCAUUUGGCGCCUCCACUGGGUUUGGCACUACUAGUACUCUCAACCAAAAUACACAAAACGCGCAGAAUACCUCACAAACAGCAAAGCUUACGCGCACUACAAAAUUCAACGACCUCCCAGAUGCUCACAGGAAGAUCAUAGAGGAUAUUGAUGCUCAUAUCCAGGGACGGUCGCACAUCGCGCUUGCUUUAAAGGCUGAACCACUGGGUAAAGAUGUCGACAGAUCUUCUGUUCUACUUGAUCAGGUAUCUAACGAUCUUAUGAGUCUUCAGGGAACACUAGCCAGUACGGCUGCUUCACUCGACAGCCUCAAGAAUGAUACUGAGCAGGAUACAGUACGCGCACUUACUAUGACGCGAAUUAUAGAUGGCUACAGACGUCCACAGGAGUCUGGCGCUUGGUUGAAGACAUAUAGAGAUUUCCCACAUGAAUUCUUCGCUCAGACUGCUGUGGAUCUCAAGGAUAGAGCGAAUAAAUACACCGGAACUCUCGAACAGAUAGAAAAGCAUUUGAGCUAUCUUCUCACUGCAAAUGCAGCUGGACACACACCACAAUCUAUCGCCCAGAUUUUGCAGACCCAACACGCGACAUUUAUGAGCCUGGCUAGCAACGUCGCAGAAUUGGCUGCAGCCACAACGAACCUUAAGGAUGGAUAUAGGGAUAUAUGGAGAUCGAAAACCAAAUCUUACGCCGAUCCAUUCGCACUCUCAAAUGUAGAAAGUAAUAUGUAAAUUAUUUAUUCUAGUAUUUUCAAAC